AUGGCCAUCGCGCGCGCGACGGGGGCGAGCGCGUCGACGCCGCGUGUGCGGUGUCGAUCGACGCGCGCGCGGGCGUGGACGAGAGGUCGAGCGAUGAUGAAUGUGAAUGCGUCGUCGAUGCCGAUGCGCGUCGAUGAGACAUCCGAUGACCGCGCGCGCGUCGACGCCGCGAUCGGCGCCGCGAUCGGUCGCGGCGUCGCGCACGGUCUCGUUCUCACCCUCGCCCUCGCCGCGCCCGCGGAGGCGUCGAUCGCGGGGACGUACGCGGACCCGAAACAUCCGGGGUGCGCGCGGGAGAUUUUUCCAAACGGCGUCGUCGCGGGCGAGGACGGCGAUCCGGGGUGCGGCGACGACGACGCCGCGGUGCGACGGGCGUGGCGCGUGCGCGGGACGAUCGCGAGCGACGGUGAGAGCGUGUUCGUGGACUUUUCGCCGAAGGGGGGGCCGGCGAACGUCGUCGGCGCGCGGACGGACGUCGACGCGCGCGGCGCGCGACUCCCGCUCGGUGGCGUCAGGUUUCCCGAUGGUAACGUCUGGGUGAAGUUGAAGUGA